AUGUCAGGUCGACAAGAGGGACCUUCACGUGCCGACCCAGUGACAGCCUGUACAUCAGCUCGAAAGUCAGGCAACUCGUUCGGUUCGUCGCCUCGAAGAACCACGAUUUCUGCUGCGCAUGAGGUGAAGGCGUUACGGAUGGAAGCCAAGCUACUGGACGAGCAGUUUACAGCGCUCUGUGCCAAGUGGCAAGCGGCGCUGCCCGAACGGGAAGUACUGCUGGCAGCUUGCACGGCUGCCAAGCAGAAGACCGUUACGGGGCAAGUCGAGCAGCUCAAUGCCCAGCUUAAGGACGAACUGCUGCAACAGCAGCUCUACUUUUCAGCGCUGCAGCAGAAACUCACGCAGGCGCCUGUGUGGUCGCACUCGGCCAUGUGUCAAGAGCUUUUCGGUCGCCUGCACGGGUACUUGCACCUCGUGGGAGUGGAUCUUGGGGAUCAUAAGAAGACCCUGCAAGCUCGAUUUGAAGUCGCGGUGCGGUUCGCACCUGACCUCGUGGACACAUUUACCUGUGAAUUCGUGCCCCUUACGUUACCGAAUUUGCCGUUUUCACGGACGAGCACAGCAGCGACGACGGUGCCAAAACCAGUGAAUGCAGGGGGAAGACUGGACGUGGACAACGGAUGUGGUACGCUCGUUUCGAACGUACUUGUGUGCAAAGCUCCAGACGAUGUCUGCAUCCCGCAGGUCUUUCAAACUCUGGUUGACAAACUUAAUCGUACCUCAAUCGAGCUCGAAAAUUGCCUUGAUGUGCUGUUUGAAGUCAAGAGUAAAGUCCAGGUCGGACCAUCCACGUACUACGCUCGCGUGGAGAGGAAGGAUGGCGAAAUGCGCGGAGCUUGUGCGAACCAAGCGUGGACCAGCAAGCUCGUGAGUGACGACUUGGCCGUGAUUGUGACAGAUUUUGUGGACGAAGAUGAUAGUGAAGUUGCGGAAGCAGCUCGAAGGAAAGGUCAGGAAGGUCAGGCCGGAAUCAAAGGUGUGCCAAUAAUGUCACUUAUUUCUGAGUCGAGUCUUCGCACGGAAACGUGCAUGGUGCUCACCAUCGCACGUGUGAUCGAUCCUGUGAAACAUGUUCCGAUUGUGCUCUUGCGUCGACUGCGCGUGCAUCGGUACAACUUGCCACCCGACUCGCCCGUGGUACAUCGCGAACUGCGUAAGCUGCUUCCGUAUUUCAACGGUGACUUCCACAUGACGAUGCUCAGUGAUGCAUACACCACCGUGAAGAAGGAAGGUCAAUUUUCGGUCGUUGGUACAGCAUGCGACCGUUCUAAUACGAAGGACGUGAAGGAGCUGGAGAAGGAUGAAGGAACGAACGGCAAUGAAGAUCAAGCAUUACCAAAUUCACGAUGA